AUGGCUUAUCAAGGAGGAGGAUAUUAUCAAGACCCAAAUCAAGCAUACUACGGUGGCCAGUACCCGCAGCAACCCGGCUACAACCCGAACUAUCCGCCACAGCAGCCUGGUUAUCCGCCGCAACAGCCCGGCUAUCCUUCGGGAGGUUAUAUGCCCGGCUAUCCGCCACAGCAACCCGGUUAUCCACCUCAACAACCCGGUUAUCCACCGCAACAACCCGGUUAUCCACAGCCCGGCUACUCUCCCCAACCCGGAUUUGUACAACCUCCACCGGCAAUGCCUGGUGCUUACGGUGCCGCAUACGAUCCCGAGACGGGCAGCGUCAAGGGUUUCGAGUUUAACGAUCAAUCGAUCCGACGUGGAUUCAUCCGCAAGGUGUACUCUAUUCUCACGGCUCAGCUAGCGAUCACACUCGGCUUCAUAACACUCUUUCUCUACCAUCGACCGACAAAACUAUGGGUACAGGACCAUCCAGAGAUGUUCUGGAUUGCGCUGGGCGUGAUGAUUGUUACCCUGAUCUCGAUGGCAUGCUGCGGUGACGUGCGCCGAAAGGCGCCGAUGAACUUCAUAUUCCUUACACUCUUUACGCUUGCCCAAUCGUUCCUGCUCGGUAUAACUACGGCCAAGUUUAGCUCACAAGAGGUCAUGCUAGCGGUUGGCAUAACGGCAGCCGUCUGUCUCGGACUGACACUGUUUGCCUUCCAGACCAAGUGGGACUUCACCGUAAUGGGUGGCGUCCUGUUCGUGGCCGUGCUCAUCCUGAUGCUGUUCGGGUUGAUCGCGAUCUUCUUCCCCGGCAAAACGAUCACGCUCGUGUACGCGUCGGCCGGUGCGCUGAUAUUCUCGAUCUAUCUGGUGUACGAUACGCAGCUGAUGCUCGGUGGCGAACACAAGUAUUCGAUCAGCCCGGAAGAGUAUAUCUUUGCCGCGCUGAACCUGUAUCUGGACAUUGUGAACAUUUUCCUGUACAUCCUUACCAUCAUUGGUGCAUCGCGCGAUUAA